AUGCAGGAAACAGACACCACGUCAAAUCACUCAUCUUCGGAAGUCAGCGAGACGAAGUUCUUGUACUCGCAAGCUGAAAGACUCCUCGUAUACUCGAUGGAAAUCCGGUUCAAGGACAACGAGUUUCCUGGGCGUCACAUUAUGGAGACGGCGUUGAAGCAGGUUAGAACAGCGACGGGGACGACAUCGACAAGCAAGCAUGCUCCGGAACCUGGUUUUGUAAGGAGCAAGCCGUAUCCGAGUAUCGAGCUGAUUGACAGCAUUCUAAGCUUGAUUUCUCUUGAGCUGUUAGAGGCCCAGUGGCUGGCCAUCCGCAACGGACAGGUCGAGGGACCUUUACGAAACCACUAUAUAGUCUCGGUCAAUUACGCAGCAUGGUGCUUCAUAGGCAUUAAGAUGGCCGAGACUGCCAGUGGCGAUAUUCAUAAGCACCUGAAAUCGAGCAAAAGAUUCUACGAACAAAACAUCAUCUAUGGUCUCCAGCAUAUGAGCGUGGCCGACUUGCCUACUACCGCACUCUUCCAGGCUCUAUUAUCGGGGGCGAUGUUUGCUUUCAACGUCGGGUGCUUCGAAAGAGCAUGGACCUUCAAUGCGGCAGCCUGCCGAGUGUACGAAUCCCUCCCACUCAGUGAUUCCUCAGAGGCAAUUCCCGUAGGCCAAUCAGACACAAAGCAUGCCUUCGAGCUGGGCUAUCUCCUCGACAAGACCUUAUCUCAAACCAUGGAUAGAGCACCAUCGCUUACGCCAGGGCGCAUCUCGGAACGAACUGUUCCGCAGGACUCCAUAAGCCCUGUCUAUGGUCUCUAA